CACAGGCGAGCCAAAACCGCAACGAUGUUCUGCGUGCGUCACCCGAACACGGUGGCGCAUCGACGUUUCAAUCCUUCUAUGGAAAUUCAAACCUCUGCUUCGCCCUUUCUCGUUCUUCACCUUCACUCGUUCCCUCCAACCACCGCCACGCGCCACGCUCUCUCACUCUCCAACUUCAAACCUCUCCCACUCUCUGCGCAACAAAAUCACGCGCCACCCUCGCUGCCAUUACCACUCCACGCCAAAACGACGCGUUUCGGUUACGACCCUUCCAACGAGGCGCGUCUUAUUGAUUUGUAUUUUCAGCGCGGGAAGGUAGAGCUUGCGCGCCAAGUGUUCGAUGAAAAUUCCGAACGAGAUGUUGGCGUGUGGAGUGCUAUGAUCACUGGUUUUGCUCGCAAUGGAAUGCCAAGGAAAGCGUUGGAAUAUGCAAGGUUAAUGGUAGAGGAAGGAAUAAAGCCAAAUUUGGUUGCAAUGACAGUUAUUCUUAAUGCGGUUGGAGAAGUUUGUGCUCAGAAGUUAGGUCGGGAGGUUCAUGGAGUUGUUGUGAAGAUGAUAUUGUUUUAUGAGGAAUUGCCAAUUCUAUCGGCAUUGAUUGAUAUGUAUUGGAAAUGUGGUGAUAUUGGCUCGGGAAGCCGAGUUUUGUAUAGCGUGAUACUGAGGAACGAUGGUUGUUGGAUUGGAUUGAUGUCAGGGAGACUUGAGGUGGCAAUGAGGUCCAUGAUUCGGUUGAAAAAGUUCCGGCCUGGUGUUGUCGUGGUUGCUUCGUCACUUCCGAUUUGUGCGCAGUUGAGGGCUCUGAGACAGGGGAAGGAGAUUCAUGCUUAUGCUUUGAAACAUUGGUAUUUACCUCACGUGUCCAUUGUUGCUUCAUUGAUGGUGUUGUACUCUAAGUGUGGUGUGAUUGAGUAUUCUGUGAGACUGUUUAAUGGAAUGGAGGAGAGGAAUGUGAUUUUGUGGACUGCCAUGAUUGAUUCGUUUGUGGAAAAUGGCUGUGUGUACGAAGCGCUUGAUGUCAUAAGGUCAAUGCAAUUGACAAAGCAUAGGCCAGAUACAGUUACCAUGGCUAGGAUGUUGCGUGUUUGUGGCAAGCUAAGACUUGUAAAGCUUGGGAAGGAGGUUCAUGGGCAGGUAUUGAAAAGGGGUUUUACAUCAGCGCAUUAUGUGGCUGCAGAACUUAUCAAUAUGUAUGGGAUUUGUGGUGUUGUUAAUAAGGCGAAGUUGGUGUUUAGUGCAGUUCCUGUUAAAGGUUCAAUGACAUGGAGUGCUCUUAUAAGGGCCUAUGGAUAUAAAGAAUGGUAUCGAGAUGCAAUUGACCUUUUUGAUCACAUGAUAGCAAAUGGUUGUUCUCCAAACCGCUACACUUUUGAAUAUGUUCUGUCUAUUUGCGAUAGAGCUGGAUUUGUUGAAGAUGCUUUUAGGAUCUUUGAUUUAUUGUCAAGAUAUAAAAUUGAAGCAUCUGAGGAACACUGCAUUAUAAUGAUUCGACUUCUAACUCGCUAUGGUAAAUUAGACGAGGCUCAAAGAUUUCUAGAAAUGAGUUCUUCCUUAUAGCAGUGGGUCACAUGCAAUAGGAUUUUCUCUUUUGAAUGAUUUAUAGAUAGUUAAAAUUCUUGCACUACAGUUUUUAUGAGCUAGCUGCAGCUGUUUAA